CAAUUGAAAACCUAUUAUUAUAGUGACGUAUAUAUGUCGCUUUGGGAAGUUUUAAUUUGCAAGAAGUACUUUAGUAUUCCACGGAGUUCUUCUGAAAAAUAAGGAAAGACAAGCUACGCUGAUCUCUACCUUGGUCUUUCUCAGACGGCAUUAAUAAUGAUCGUACUGUGUGCCUGGAUUCAACUAUGUACCUUGGUGGUACUUUGUACUUUAGCCAACGGUACGGCGAAUAACUCAGCCAACACCAAAGCACCAACUCCUACUACCAACUCCACGUCACCCACUCUAACUACGAGUAACAUAAUCCCAACCACAACCACCCCCAAUGCUACUUCAUCUGAGGUCGAAAAGGGAAAUAAUGCUACGACUUCUAUUAUGACUGGAACUACGACCACUGCUUCUAAUACUCCUGCUAAUACUCUUGCUACCAAURCUACCGUCACCAUUGAUACUUCUACCCCUAGUAUUACUGGUACUAAUUCGACUAGUACUGCUGCUGCUACUACUACUCCGACUACUAGUGCUGCUGCUAGUACUACUGCUACUAGUACUACUACUAGUACUACUGCUACUAGUACUGCUGCUGCUAAUACUUCUACUCCUAGUACUACUACUAGUACUACUGCUACUAGUAGUGCUGCUGCUAAUGCUGAUACUACUAGUACUGCUGCUGUUACUAUUGCUGCUAAGCCUUCUGCUACUACUACAUCACCUACUAAUACGAUUACUACUGUCGUACCGGAAACGGAAACAAGUGUAAAGUCAACAAUUCCUCAAUCUACUGGUGGGAUAAAUAGUACUGCUAGUAUCUCACGCCAUAACACAACUACGGUGACCUCCAAUACAAUAUCAGUAUCAACACCGUCGAAACAGACUACUACAUCUUCAAUUGGUGUAUCAUCAUCUGUUGUCAUGCCAACAGUAGCUCCAAGCUGGACCAACUGGACAACAGAGAAGAACUGUGCUGCUAAAUGCUGUGCUACGGGCGGAACAGUAACCCAGUACCGCGCAUGUACUAAAGGGUCAAUAACGCUGACAUCUGCUGUUCCUUGUAAUGGUAAUUUAUCACAGAUCGUGGAUUGUUGGGGUGCAUGUGAUUGUUCCUCAGGUUCGAUGUUCAUCGCUGAACGUAUAGUUGCUGUAGGAUGCGUGGUCCUGGGACUAGUCAUCAACCUACUAUAUGCUGGAUAAACUCAUCUGUCCUCCUGUCAUUCGUCACCAAGAAACUUAGACCCAGUCUCUACCUCCUGGGAACUGGGAACUAUACCUUGAUAUAAUCUCGCGACAGUGAAAAACGAACUAUGUAGUAUACGAGUAGAAUAUUUCAAUAUUUAUAUCAGAUUGAA